AUGCAGUUUGCCGUCAUCCUCUCCCUUGUUGCUGCCGUAUCGGCCGGCGUCCUCACCCGCCAGGACCUCCCUGCUUGCCCUACAAACUCUGGCUCUGCCUGCGGCAUCGUCACUGCUCUCGGCAAGACCAUCACCUACCCUGACUGCAACUGCCAGCCUACCUGCUCUGGCGAUGUCAACUUCUCCGGCAUCAGUGCCAAUGUUAAAAUCGGCACCUGCGCUUAA